UGCGUGUGUGGAUCAGGUCACGUGGUCUCAAAAGAUGGCGACUUCGGUGCGGGGAUGUGAGGAGUGAGAUCAGUGAAUCAGUGAAUCAGAGCUCAGAGCAGCCACCGGUCCCGGGUCACCUCGCCUCACCUCGCGUCCCAGCGCACGAGGCUCUUCUCCUGCAGGAUAUACGGCUGUUUGUCACAGGAUCACACUCGCUGCUCAUGGAGUAGCUGUGGAUGUCAGGAGAUAAGGAGUGUGUUGUUCAAAGCUUUGUGCGCCUGGAUCACUGACUGCGAUGGCCCUCCUUGUGUUUGAUAACGAUGAGUACAGACCGCCUGUGUGGAAAUCCUACUUGUACCAGCUCCAGCAGGAGGCGCCACAUCCACGCAGAGUCACCUGUGUGUCUGAGGUGGAGAACCGGCCGAAGCACUACGGACGAGAGUAUCACGGGAUGAUCUCCAGAGAGGAAGCCGACCAGCUGCUCAGUGUGUCUGAGGGAAGUUAUCUGAUCCGAGAGAGCCAGAGACAGCCGGGCACGUACACGCUAGCGCUACGCUUUGGCAAUCAGACCCGAAACUUCCGUCUGUUUUACGAUGGGAAGCAUUUUGUGGGAGAGAAGCGCUUCGAGUCCAUCCACGACCUGGUAACGGACGGCCUGAUCACGCUGUACAUCGAGACCAAAGCCGCCGAAUACAUCUCUAAGAUGACCAUCAACCCCAUCUACGAGCACGUGGGCUACACCACCCUGAACCGUGAGCCGGCGCUGAAGAAAGCCCUGCCCGUCUGCAGAGACCUGCCUGAUGGGAAGGACGCCGCUGGAGAAGACACCGGCCUGGAGGAGAGGCUCACCUCGCUGGUCCGUCGAGCCACGCUGAAGGAGAGCGAAUGGGCGCCCAAGUACGACAAAGUCCACAACUUCAAGGUGCACACCUUCAGAGGGCCGCACUGGUGCGAGUACUGUGCUAACUUCAUGUGGGGACUCAUCGCUCAGGGAGUCAAAUGUGCAGACUGUGGCUUGAAUGUCCAUAAGCAGUGCUCGAAGAUGGUGCCCAACGACUGCAAGCCGGACCUGAAGCACGUGAAGAAGGUGUACAGCUGUGACCUCACCACGCUGGUCAAGGCUCAUAACACUACACGACCCAUGGUGGUGGACAUGUGCAUACGAGAGAUCGAAGCCAGAGGUUUGAAGUCGGAGGGUCUCUAUCGAGUCUCUGGAUUCAGUGACUUAAUUGAAGAUGUGAAGUUAUCGUUCGACAGAGAUGGAGAGAAAGCAGACAUCUCCGUAAACGUCUAUGAGGACAUCAACGUGAUCACCGGUGCUCUCAAACUGUACUUCAGAGACCUGCCGAUCCCCGUCAUCACGUAUGACGCAUACCCACGCUUCAUCGAGACCGCCAAGCUGACGGACCCAGAUGAGCGUUUAGAAGCUCUGCAUGAAGCUCUGAAGCAGAUGCCUCCGGCUCACUGCGAAACACUGCGAUAUCUCAUGGCACAUUUAAAGAGAGUAACUCAGAACGAGAAGCAUAACCUGAUGAACGCUGAGAAUCUGGGCAUCGUGUUCGGGCCGACUCUGAUGCGGGCGCCCGAUCUGGACGCCAUGACGGCUCUGAACGACAUCCGCUACCAGAGACAGGUGGUGGAGUUACUCAUCAAGAACGAAGACAUCCUCUUCUAGCAUCAGUUUACUUCUGCUCUGACUCCACAUGAAGGACUCUUCUGUUACACUGCGUUCUGGAGCAGUUCUCACUAACACUUCUCCCCGUCUGACGGCUUCUCUUCCUGUUUCUUGCAUGUCUUCCUCCCCAUUUUUGUCGGGGGUCGCUGAAGCUGAGGAGUGUGUGACGUACCUCAGCAUUAUUAUGGGAUGGCAUCGCUCAGUCGCGUCCAGCAGAGUGGGUUUCUGUUCCAAACAGGCUUUUUUCUUUUGUUUUUGUAAAACAUUGUGACUUUGAUAUCGUCAGUUAUGGAGACACUUUACCUGAAGAGCCAUAAAUAAAGAGGCUUCAUCAUUCCUACUGGUUCAUAGAGGUUUGUUAUUCAUGGGUGUAUGUGGAUGUCUGUGGCUCAGCAGGUAAAGUGUCGCCAAGAUUUGUUUUUUUAAUCAGUGAUUUGUUUCUAUUUUUGGUUGUUUUCUACUCCUUCUGUCGGGUUGAUCUGACUCUGUUCUGCCUUCACGAGUCGAAAGACUGACUUCUGCUGUAAACUGAGAAUAUUUCCAGUCCAUGUCUACUUCAGGAUCCUUGAUCUCUAGGAAACACUCUUACGCUCACAUGACUGCUUGAUGUUUUCGGUUCUGUGUUUUUGUACUUGAUUUCAGCAUGAAGACGUUAAUUUAUUAAAAUGUGCUUUUAGCACCGUG